AUGGACCAACAAUUACCAGUGCGGCUGUCAAGCGACCUGCCUCCCUUCAAUUGGGAUGAGUUCCAUGAAAGCACAUCCUCAUCCGAACCUACUUACCCCUUGUUACACGAGUCCGCGACCUCUGAUAUCAACUCUUUGCUCUCAGCUCGCUCCUAUCCCCUGCCCAAUGCACAUAACACUCAAAAUGCUCAAAAUAGUACGCCAUCUCCCAGUCAUGGCGACUUACCUCUCGGGCUUAUAUCUUACUUAAACCCGACAAACACAAACCAAACACCCCUUCCAAAACCGACGGCACCGGGGCCACAAAAACGCCAGCGACGUGGAUCCAAGAAGGCCGCACCGUCAGGGAAGAAUCGCGGAGCUCCCCAAGACGAUGGAGGUAGAAACGAAAGCCCUGAAGAGCGGAGGCGUAUGCAAACUCGCCAGGCACAACGUGCAUAUCGCUCACGACAGCAAGCAUCAAUGGAAAGCCUCAGGAAUCGAAUUUCCUUUCUGGAGACCUCGAUAGAGAAAAUGAGCUCUGCUAUGCUGUCGUUCAGUGAGCAACUAGUUCAGAGUGGUGUGCUUAGGUCACAGUCUGCUUUAACCACCAAUUUACGCGAUACGAUGAAGAUAUUCCUUUCUUUGGCAUCCGGGGCAAGCAUCGACGAGGGGACGAGGACCCCGGUUGACUCCAAUAGAGCAACUGACUUGCCGCCAACCCUACCACAACCUACCACCAAGCGCUUGUCUCUGGACGUCCCCUUUCACUUGCCCUUGGUGGACAGCGGAGUAUAUCAUUCUAAAAGUACUGUCCUAUCGGCGGCCGUCAAGUCAACUGGAACGUCGAUUAUAGACGUGACCGAAUUCAUUGAAAGGCUGCUCCUAGUAGCUCUUUAUCAAGGACAUCUGGCUCUGAGCAAUCUGUCCUUCGGCAUGGAUCAACUCCAAAGGCCCUUUGGGCUCAUUUUUACUAUGAUGAACCGUGACCGCCUGACAUCUUACUUCAAAGCAGAAUUAUAUGCUCAAGUAAACCAGAAGCCGUUGGACGGAUGGGAGGAAGUCCCCUUUUUCAGAUUGGGGCGUGCGGGAACCCAUUAUCCUGACGAGAGCACGGGUGCCUUUCUCCCUCGUUUCCAGAGAUGGGGCACCGUGGAGGACCCCUUAUCACUGGUUACGGCAGAUUUACGAAAGCAGCUAGAUGGGGAUUGGUUUGACUUGCAAGAUCUAGAGGGGUAUCUCCGCGAUAAGAAUGUGCUCCUGGUCGUGUCAGCAAGUGAGCCAACAAGAUGCUCGGAAGGGCAGAUCAAUAUCAAUGUCUCGCGUUUUAUAUCAGCAUUGAUCCCCAGAGGAGUUUGCCUGGGUCGAACACCUGGGUUUCAACGUGGUGAUGUGGAGGAGGCCCUGCAUUUUUCAACAAUUGUGUAA